AUGGAGUGUGGAAGGAGCUUCACUGACAGUGGAAACCUUAGAAAACAUCAAUGGUCUCACACAGGGGAGAAACCUUUUAAAUGCAUGGAGUGUGGAAAGAGCUUCACUGAUAGUGGAAACCUUAGAAUUCAUCAACGGACUCACACAGGGGAGAAACCAUUUAAAUGCAUGGAGUGUGGAAAGACCUUCAGUCAGAGUGGACACCUUAGAAUUCAUCUACGGACUCACACGGGGGAGAAACCAUUUAAAUGUAUGGAGUGUGGAAAGAGCUACAGUCGGAGUGGAAGCCUUAGAAUUCAUCAACGGAGUCACACAGGGGAGAAACCAUUUAAAUGUAUGGAGUGUGGAAAGAGGUUCAGUCAGAGUGGACAACUUAGAAUUCAUCAACGGACUCACACAGGGGAGAAACCAUUUAAAUGCAUGGAGUGUGGAAAGAGCUUCACUGAUAGUGGAAACCUUAGAAUUCAUCAACGGACUCACACAGGGGAGAAACCAUUUAAAUGCAUGGAGUGUGGAAAGAACUUCACUUAUAGUGGACACCUUAGAAUUCAUCAACGGACUCACACUGGGGAGAAACCAUUUAAAUGCAUGGAGUGUGGAAGGAGCUUCACUGAUAGUGGACACCUUAGAAUUCAUCAACGGACUCACACAGGGGAGAAAUUAUUUCAAUGCAUGGAGUGUGGAAAGAGGUUCAGUCAGAGUGGACAACUUAGAAUUCAUCAACAGACUCACACAGGGGAAAAACCAUUUAAAUGCAUGGAGUGUGGAAAGAGGUUCAGUCAGAGUGGACAACUUAGAAUUCAUCAACGGACUCACACAGGGGAGAAACCAUUUAAAUGCAUGGAGUGUGGAAAGAACUUCACUUAUAGUGGACACCUUAGAAUUCAUCAACGGAGUCACACGGGGGAGAAACCAUUUCAAUGCAUGGAGUGUGGAAAGCGCUUCAGUCAGAGUGGACACCUUAGAAUUCAUCUACGGUCUCACACGGGGGAGAAACCAUUUAAAUGUAUGGAGUGUGGUAAGAGCUACAGUCAGAGUAGAUACCUUAGAAUUCAUCUACGGACUCACACGGGGGAGAAACCAUUUAAUUGCAUGGAGUGUGGAAAGAGCUUCACUGAUAGUGGACACCUUAGAAGUCAUCAACGGACUAACACAGGGGAGAAUUCAUUUAAAUGCGUGGAGUGUGGAAAGAGCUUCACUACUAGCGGAAGCCUUAAAAUUCAUCUCCGGACUCACACAGGGGAGAAACCAUUUAAAUGCAUGGAGUGUGGAAAGAGCUUCACUACUAGUGGAAACCUUAGAAUUCAUCAACGGACUCACACAGGGGAGAAACCAUUUAAAUGCAUGGAGUGUGGAAAGAGUUUCACUGAUAGUGGACACAUUAGGAUUCAUCAACGGACUCACACAGGGGAGAAACCAUUUAAAUGCAUGGAGUGUGGAAAGAGCUUCGCUGAUAGUGGACACCUUAGAAUUCAUCAACGGACUCACACAGGGGAGAAACCAUUUAAAUGCAUAGAAUGUGGAAAGAGCUUCAGUACUAGUGGAAACCUUAGAAUUCAUCAACGGACUCACACUGGGGAGAAACCAUUUCAAUGCAUGGAGUGUGGAAAGAGCUUCACUGAUAGUGGACACCUUAGAAAACAUCAACGGACUCACACUGGGGAGAAACCAUUUCAAUGCUUGGAGUGUGGAAGGAGCUUCAGCACAAGUGGAGUUCUUACAAAACAUCAACACACUCAUAAAGGGGAGUAACAAUAUAAGUCCUAGGGAAAUGGACAGAGGUUCAGUUGUAGUGGAAGUCUUACAAACCAUCAAAAGACUCCGAGGGAUAAGAGUUGUAAUAGUGGUAACACCCACAGGCCAUCAAUUAACUCAAAGAAGAGAAAGGGUUUAACUAGAAGGAGUAUUGAUCCUGCUUUGGUUAUUAUGGAACGCUUUUUAGAGAGUAGAACCUUUUUCUCUCCAAGUUGACACUUUCCUUCACAUCAAUAGCAGGAAAUCAGUCUUAAUUGCAUGCAGUGUGUGUGAGCUUCUGUUGUUUGUAACGUGGUCUAGACAUUUAUUUAAAGUAAUGAAGGUCACAUUUCACAAUAGUACGCCUAAUCUAAUAUUUAAUGUGAAUCUGUAGUGUUGCUGCUGAAUGAGGGUGGACUGAGAGUGAGCUGGUGUUGGUGUUUGAUGGAGGGAGUUGGAAAUGUUUGUAUCUGGGAAUGGAGAGUUGCUCAAAGUGGAGCUGAGACUGGUGGUCUUGCAUGAGGAGGGAAGGGGGCACAGGGAAGAAGGGGCCGUACCAGAGCAUCUCAAAGCAAUGUGCUGGGGGGCGGGAACCAUGGUGACACAAGUGUGUGUAGAAUGCUAUUCCCAUAAUGACACAGGCGAGAAACCGUAAGGAUGAGUAUAAUGGGGAAUGAGGUUCAGGCAGGUCCCCAACCCAGAGUGCUAAGGGUCAGCUUCCUCCAAAUCCACCAGCUGCCCCAAGGCAGGAGCCACCUCUUGGCCUGAGGGUGGAGAGCCUCCGUUCACCUUUGCGACUGGACAUGAUCCGAGGGCGGUGAUAGCGAAAUUUUUAGAGAUGGAGUACCCAAACUGCAACGCAAAACCCGCUUAUUUAUCACAAAGUGCCAACUACUGCAAUGCGCUCUAUGUGGGGCUACCUUUGAAGGUGACCCGGAAACUACAACUAAUGCAGAAUGCGGCAGCUGCACUGGUGACUGGGAGCGGCCGCCGAGACCACAGAACACCGGUCUUGAAAGGCCUAAAUUGGCUCCCAGUACGUUUCCGAGCACAAUUCAAAGCGUUGGUGCGGACCUUGAAAGCCCUAAACGGCCUCGGUCCAGUAUACCUCUCCACCCUCAUUGUUCUGUCCAGACUCUGAGGUCCAGCGCCAAGGGCCUUCUGGCAGUUGUCUCCCUGCGAGAAGCCAAGUUACAGGGAACCAGGCAGAGGGCCUUCUUGGUGGUGGCACCCGCCCUGUGGAACACCCUCCCACCAGAUGUCAAAGAGAACAACUACCACCAGAAUUUUAGAAGACAUCUGAAAGCAGCCCUGUUUAGGGAAGCUUUUAAUGUUUGAUGCAUUAUUGUAAUUUAAUAUUUUGUUGGACGCCGCCCAGAGUGGCCCAGCCAGAUGGGCAGGGUAUAAAUAAUAAAUUAUUAUUAUUACUAUAACGUGGCAAUUCUACCUGUAUAUUUAAUUUUUUUCUGUUUGUUUCACAGUUCUUCUUUAUGACUACUGUUGUAAUAAAUAAUCCUUCAUAAAAGUUAUUUCCUUACAUUCUUCAUUAAAUUGUCUUUUCAUUGAUCUGUAAUGUUAUGGUAUAACUCAGUGCUUUUUUUCCUAAAAAAAAAUGCUUAGGGGGUACUUGUUCCGUUCGCAAAGUAAAGGAAGGAUGGAACUCUGAUUAAUAAGAAUACACACAGAGGCUUGAACCAGCAAGACUCUGGGAAGGGUGCGUAUAAUCGUCUCUCUGUGCUUGUCUGAUUCCCACAGCCCCCGGCCCAGGCCGUUUUAUUCACAAAAGAACUUUUUACAGAGUGUUCGUAAGAACUAAUCAGAUUUCUUCUGAGCAUUUCCACAAACCCACUUGGGGAGAAAGUUAAACUACUAAAACUAAUUAAGCACAAAUAUUUCUGGGGUAAACAAAGAACAGAACUACAAAGAAGAGCAUUUAGCAACCCCGGAGAUCAUAAACAAGCAAUACACAUGAUAAGGAGGAUGACCAGGAGGACAGCGGAUCAUUAUCACCUUCAUGUGAGAUCUGUUUCCUGGCCCUAAGAUUAACAUCCUAAGAUUACCAUAUAGAAACCUACUUCAAAGAAACUUGCCCACUAUCUUUAUGGCCCAGGAUGCCUGCCUGGCGAAGCAAGAAGCAACUGGGCUGUGUAUGUGACAGGAGAAAUGGGCAACAGGGGAAAGGGCACGAAUGUAGAAUCUUAUGGGAUUUAAUCAGAAAUUAUCGUCAAUAUAUCAAACCCAGUCAACACAAUGUCUUUAUCGUGGAAAAUCACCACCGGGGGAGGGGAUAAAUACAGUUGUAAUUGGGGAAAAUAAAUACAGUGGUACCUCAGUUUUCAAACAGCUUAGUUCUCAAACUACUUGCAACCUGAACUCUUCAAACCCAGAAACGAGUGUUCCAGUUUUGGAACUUUUUUUGGAAGCCGAACAUGCUCUGUUCUGAGUAUAACUUCCGUUUUGAGUGCCAUACUUCUGUUUUCCUUGUGAGGGAAGGCGGGCCGGGCGGCAAGUAGGAAUGGGAUCGGGCUGCUCCGCUAGGCAGCGUUGCUGCUUGCACGGGAAGAGGAGCUGGAUGGGGGCUGCUGAGCUGGGGAGGGACAGGCUCUGUCACCCUUUCCGUUGAGGGGUUUGAGGCUGCACUCCCCUCAAGGGAGAAUUUGAAAGGAGCCCCCACCUCCGCCUCAGAUCCCCUGCAACCCCGUGAAGGCAGCCAGGCUGAAUAGUUGCUGGGGUUGGGGAAGGUGGAGGCAGCCCGGAAGCUGCAUCUGAGAGCUCCUGCACCACUUGAAGGCAGCCAGCCGCUCCUCAGCGGAGCUUCCCGCUGCUGCUCCUACUUGCGUGCAAGGAGGAGUGGAGGCAGGGAUCUCUCAGCGCAAAGCCUCCACUUCUGAGAGAUCUCCGCCCUGCUCCUGAACAGGGCUGCCUUCAGAGGUCUUCCAAAAGGUACGGAAUUCUUUCUCUCUUUGACAUCUGAUAUGGGGGGGGGUGUUCCACAGAGAGGGUGCCACUACCAAGAAGGCCCUCUGCCUGGUACCCUGUAAAUGUGAGGGAACUGCCAGAAGACCCUCGGAAGUGGACCUCCGUGAUGAUGGGGGGAUAUUUUCUUUUCCUUGUGUUAGAUGGAUGUUGAAACAAGGUGUGAUUGACAUGGGCAUGUCUGGAUCACAGGGCUAGACUCCCAGCAUCCGCAGGGCUAGACUCCAGCAAAGUUGAAAAGCUCCGCCGGGGAUGCUGCUUCUGUCUUCUCCGGCCAACGCAGCCUCCUACCCUGCCCUGGCACCUGGCUGGAGAAGCCCAACUGGGGCUAUUGGGACAACUGGGACAGGUAAAGCCAAACAUCUUCAGGCCUCUUUGCGGGCGGGCGAAAAUCGCUCAUUUCCCCCCGAAAUGUAGUCUGGCCCCCAACAAGGUCCGAGGGACAGUGGACUGGCCCCCUGCUGAAAAAGUUUGCUGACCCCUGAUCUAGUAGAUCCAUUGUUGUAACCAUAUCAAAAAAGUAUUUGGUAUUUUGCCUUCUUUUGAGACACUUUCCCUCAGUGUUCUGUCAUAGUCCAGUGAUCCUACUCCAUUAAAUUCGCCCGUAAUAAUUAUAUUUCUGUCAUAAACCUCAGACGUACUUUCCUCCAAUAGUUGGAAGAAAUCUCAUGCGAAAAGUGGCUCUGAAUCUGAAAGUCCCAGUCCCAAAUCUUAAUCCUGCCACCCUAAGAUAUUAUAAGCAAGCCCCACAUUCCUCUUUCCACCUGCAAUAGGAAGGUUAGAACAACACUUAAUACCCGGCAGGGAUCAUAAGAGCCAGAAUUGCUUAAAAUUGCAGGGAGAGAGAGAAAAACUGGAUUUGAAAUGACCCAACCACAAGAUGAAAAGUCUCCAUACUAAAUGAGGGAAGGGGGAGGCAUUUGGGGGGGGGGGCUUUUGAAGUCUCCCUGCUGGCAAGGGAAUUCCAGAGCAAGGGCGCCUCUGUCUGUCUGGAGUCCCUCACUGCCUCAUCUCCAGCAGGAAGGGGGGAUUUCCAGACUGGGACCCUUCACUGUUAGGGGGAGGUGCUGGGGCCUGGGCAGCUGGAUGGAUGGACAUCAGCCUGCAGAAAUGCUCCCCCUUCCUUUCACAGGACUGUUGUGGUGUUGCAUGUGUGUGACAAGGCAACACUCAAGAACAGUUCCCACCAACCAACAUUACAUCAUUCCUCCACUGCCCACAAGAGGGCGAUCUUUCCUCUACACAUGGUAGAAUCCUAGAAUUGCAGAGUUGGAAGGGACCACGAGGGUCAUCUAGUCCAGCCCCCUGCAAUGCAGAAAUAUUUUGCCCAAAGUGGGGCUCAAACCCACGACCCAUAGAUUCAGAAUCUCAUGCUCUACCGGCUGUGCUCUAAAAGGGAGUUUCAGUUCAAGCAGAGCCCAGAAUAAUUAGGGUUGCCAUAUUUCAAAAAGUAAAAACCAGGACACCCCCAAAUUUGUAGAACUUUUUCUUUUUCUUUUUUAGACAAGGCCCCAAAUAAACGCCAAAAAAGCCCAUGAGUUUUCAAUUGACUUGUCUUAAAUCCAGGACAAAGUGCCGCCUUUUGGAAAUUCUUCCCCGGACAUCAAUUCCACCUUUGAAAUCUCAGGAAAAUCCUGAUGUAUGUCAGACCCACAAUAAUAUACCUAGGGGGGAAAUGGUUCCACAGGUUUUCAGGGAGGGCGAGACAGAAACUCAGUGGGCCCUGCAGGAAACCUCUGAGCCCAAUUCUGCCUCUGUCCCUGUUUAAGCAACACAAUCACAGGACCUUGUAAUUUUAGAUGGGGACAUUCCCAGUUCUCCCUGGAGGUGCCAGGGGCCUUCUGCAUGCAAAGCGGAUUUUCUUACCACUGAGCUUAGCCAAAAAUAUUUAAAAUGCCACCAGCCAGCUUUUGCUAGUAAAUGAAGACAAAGAAAGACUGAAGGCAUCUUGUUCUAGGAAAAUCCUUGGGCUCACUUGUACACAAAUUUAUGUUGUUGUUGUUGAUGUUGUUGUUGUUUAGUCGUGUCCGACUCUUUGUGACCCCCUGGACCAGAGCAUACCAGGCACUCCUGUCUUCCACUGCCUCCCGCAGUUUGGUCAAACUCAAGUUUGUAGCUUCGAGAACACUGUCCCACCAUCUCGUCCUCUGUUGUCCCCUUCUCCUUGUGCCCUCCAUCUUUCCCAACAUCAGGGUCUUUUCCAGGGAGUCUUCUCUUCUCAUGAGGUGGCCAAAGUCUUGGAGCUUCAGGAUCUGUCCUUCCAGUGAGCACUCAGGGCUGAUUUCCUUAAGAAUGGAGAGGUUUGAUCUUCUUGCAGUCCAUGGGACUCUCAAGAGUCUCCUCCAGCACCAUAAUUCAAAAGCAUCAAUUCUUCGGCGAUCAGCCUUCUUGAUGGUCCAGCUCUCACUUCCAUACAUCACUACUGGGAAAACCAUGGCUUUAACUAUACGGACCUUUGUUGGCAAGGUGAUGUCUCUGCUUUUUAAGAUGCUGUCUAGGUUUGUCAUUGCUUUUCUCCCAAGAAGGAGGCAUCUUUUAAUGUUGUGGCUGCUGCCACCAUCUGCAGUGAUCAUGGAGCCCAAGAAAGUAAAAUCUCUCACUGCCUCCAUUUCUUCCCCUUCUAUUUGCCAGGAGGUGAUGGACCCUCACUAACUCAGGCUGCAGGUUGCUCAGGGCAACUGCUUCCAGGCCCAGACAGAGGGGGGGCCAUAUGGGCCACGUGGCCAGGGCCUCCGAUUCCAAAGGGGGCCUCGGUCUGCAUAUUCACAAUCGCAGGGGAUGCUCUGUCUUUAUCUGCAGGUCCGGUUCAAGCCUUGAAAUAAAAUUAUUUGUGAGCAUAACUUUUGUGAAAAUGAUUUAUAUCCUUACUUAUUUAUAAGACUUCAGUUAUCCCCAGGGUAAAAAAUAUACAUAAUUUUUAUUAACAGGCCAAUCCAAUCACAUUAUUUCCAAAUCAUAUUACUUCCAAAUUAUACAGCCAAAUUUUUGAAUUUUGUUGGGGGUACCCAUACAUCAAGCUCCGAACGAGGAUCAAAACAUCACUUCUGUUACUGCUUUUAUCAAACAGUUCUAUCCAGAUCUGUCCAGAUAGCCUCUUUAUUACUUUCUUCAUCUUCUUGUUGUUAUCAUGUAUUCCUUUCUUUGCAAUCUCUGAUAGUCUUCACAAGCAGGUUAGGAACAAACAACAUCUGCGUGGGUUUUGCACACUCCAAGAGUCAUAUCUCAUAAGGACAGCCGCCCAUUCCUCCCCUUCUUCAAAGAUUUGUCCUUGGUCUGUCCUAUUAAUUUUCCCAAGCUUGCCACGUAUAUCACAAAGGGGCUCUGCCAGGUUAUCACAUUCAAUCCAUCAUUCACAUUCCAAUGAUCCUGGUCCUCCUCCCCUCGUCUUUCUUCGACAAGCCUGUUUUAGCAAGACGCCAUUAAAAACUGCGUCAUAGAAUUUUUCCUCCGCUCUCCAAUAUUUACCAGUCCUCUCUUCAAUCAAUAAUUCACUCCACGUAGCUCUUAAAUUCUUGCUUGCGAUUAGUAAAAGACAACGAUUCGUCUCUCUGGUGUGGAGGUUUAUAAAUACAUAAGGCAAAGAAAAUAAAAGUUUUUUCCUCCACCCCCCCUCUUUUUUUCGCUCCACACGUACCAGUCUCAUAAUGAUGGUUCAUCGCUUGAUUUAUUUGUCUCCUCCCGUCGCUCCAAUCACAGAGAUGCAUUAAUCAGCAGCCUUAUCAGCAGCCAGUGUGGUGUAGUGGUUGAGAGCGGCACUCUCAUAAUCUGGGGAACCGGGUUUGCGUCUCCGCUCCUCCACAUGCAGCUGCUGGGUGACCUUGGGCCAGUCACACUUCCUUGAAGUCUCUCAGCCCCACUCACCUCACAGAGUGUUUGUUGUGGGGGAGGAAGGGAAAGGAGAACGUUAGCCGCUUUGAGACUCCUUAAAGGGAGUGAAAGGCGGGAUAUCAAAUCCAAACUCUUCUUCUAUCUCUUGAACUUUGCUUGAUGUAUGUGCUUCAGCUUCACUCCAAUUAUAUAUUUCCAAUUAUAUAUUUCCAAUUGUAUUUUCGAGCUGAAGCGAACCAGGGCGCUGAUUGGAGACAGCGUCAGGAAGAGCCAAACUCACCGAGGGCUGGUGCCAAAUGUCCUGCACCCCCUUCUUUCAAAUCCGGGGGUGCAUUCUGGACAUCGCUGGCAAGGCUGACCCCCCCAAGGGGGGGGGGCAGGAAGACUACAUACUUCCCAUAGCAGGCUCUUUAUUACCUCGUGUGGGUCGGAGAGAUGUUAUUGUCGGCCAUCUUCCAAUGCGCCACCUGGUGGCCCCCCCAGGGUAAAAAAUAAAAGGGGGGCACAUUAUCUCCCUGGCCUGGGCCUCUGCCUGGCUCUGCAAGGCCCUGAAUGCAUCCACACUGAAAUGAAAAACAGAGCGUGCCUUUCUGCUCCCGGUGACUAACCAAAUGCAGCGGGAGGGAGGGAGGAGCAGACAGGGGGAAAUCCACCCGUUUCUGGAUGAAAUAUCACUUUUACCACUAAACCCUGAGCUGGAAAGAGACAAGAGCAAAAGAGCAGCCAUGCCUGGCCCCAGUCAGCCUCUGGACUCCUCCCGUCCCCUAGCAGGAGAUUCUUCCUGAGCCUCCCCUCUGUGAAACUGGCUUCACAAAUAUUGACAGCUCCUCCCCCCCCCCUUGGGUUGGAAGGUCCGGCAUUACUGCACUCAUUUUACCGGGGGAAUCCAGUGGGUAGUUUUUUAACGGGAGAGGGGCAGCCUGAAAGACCUAGACUGGCUCCCAGUACAUUUCCAAGCACAAUUCAAAGUCUUGGUGUUGACCUUUCAAGCCCUAAACGGCCUCGGUCCAGUAUACCUGAAGGAGCGUCUCCACCCCCAUCGUUCAACCUGGACACUGAGGUCCAGUGCCGAGGGCCUUCUGGCGGUUCCCUCCCUGCAAGAAUCCAAGUUACAGGGAACCAGGCAGAGGGCCUUCUUGGUGGUGGCACCCGCCCUGUGGAACGCCCUCCCACCAGAUGUCAAGGAAAUAAACAACCACCUAACAUUUAGAAGACACCUGAAGUCUUUUAAUGGGGGGAGGAGGGCUGGUGUUUGAAGCUGGGCUUGGCUGUUCGGGGGCGUAGCUCAGCAAGGCAGCAGGUGCUCUGCACGCAGAAGGACCCCGGUUGAGUGCUUGGCAUGCAGAAGGAGGCCCAGAAGGAGAUCCUCCCCCUGCCUCAAAAAGGAGGGUGGAGGAAACUUGCCCAGCUUCCCCCCCCCCCGCUCCCUGCCGCCAGUUGGGGGGCGGGGGCCGGGUCCCCAUGGAGCCCCCAGAGCAGGAGGCCAGAGGCAGCGCCGCCCCGUCUCCUUCCCCUCCGGACACAGGGAGGGGCUGCUCUGCGGACGUAGCUCUAGGGACGCGCGCGUCGGAAAAGGAGCCGGAAGUGUCGCCGCGAAACGCGCCGGAAGUUGCCAGACAGGGAAAGGAGGAGGGGCGUCGCUGAAGAGCCCCCCCCCCCGUCGCCGCCGCCCUUUCUAUUGCAGACAAGGAAAGCGGAGUAAUCUGGAGCCAGGGAGGCGGAGGACCAAGAGGUAAAGAGGGAGAGAAGGGGGGGAUAAGGGGGGAGGACAAAGAGACCCCCCCCCAAGGAAAGCGCCCUCCCUGGGGCCCGUCGACAGGGGCCCCGAUCCAGGCGACCCAGGUGGGAAGGGGGGACCCAACACCUGCAGGGCUGGCCUUGCAAGAUCUCCUGGGCAGCAGCAGCACCGCCAGACUCCCUUUCUCUUUCCUGGGGGGCCGAGAGAUGCUCAGCUGCCCUGCCCCCCCUGGAGGCCUUGGCGGGAAGGGGAAGGAGGACCCCAAGCAGGGCUGGGGGUGGGGCUGAGGCCCCCCAUUCUCCCUGGGGUCGUGGGGCGCCUGGCUGGGGAAAGGGAGAGAGGGAGUCCAGGGAAGGGUUAAUGGAAGGGGGAGGAGCCUCGACAGAGACCCCUCCCCUUCCAGCACCCCUGACUCCCUUCUCCCCCCUUCCCUGAUGACAAUACCAGGUUAUCUUAUUCACUAGGACUCAUCUCCAUACUUGGAUUGUCCUGAAUACCACCAAUUAUAGCCUAGCGGAAACCCAAACGUCCUGCUAGGAUGCAUCUUGGCUUCCCUGCAGAUGAAACUGAGUGUGUGAGGAUUGAUAAUAUUUUCAUUUAUCCGUUUCAGACCCCUAAGUAGUAGCAGCUGCCAGGACAUUGUCCUGUUCGCCUCUGUAUAGUUCCAGCCUUAUUUCAGACAUUGUGGUAGAUUGCAAGCAGGGUGGGUUUGAUAUAAAUCAAAUUGAUUUCAAUCACAAUUUACGGUAAAUCACUAGUCAGUAUGAUUCUAUUUAAAUCAAAAAUUUCUGAUUUGGUUACACUAUUAGAAAUACACAGACAGAUAAUUGUGAAAUCAUUCUGAGGUUUAAUAAGUUAACUGUCUAUAUUUGGACAACAGUUCUGCUGUAAUUUAUUGGAAGGAGAAAAAUAAUCAUUUCCUUAAUUACAACUUAAACAAUUUAUUUAACUAAAACAAUAAUAUUAUAGCAUGUUGGGGUUUUUUUAUUUUUAUAAAAAACAGCCAAGCAGACUGAGUUUUAGCGCACAUGAAGAACUCAGAACUUAAGCAUUUCACCACCUCCACUACCAGCCACCCCUUUGGAUUGGCUUCUGCAUUCAGGUGCCUAUUCUGUACAGGUGCCUAUUCUGUACAGGGAUGUCUGGCUCCUAUUACAAAGAGAUCCAGUUGAUAUUCUACAAUAAAUUGUGGCUAAGAUUCUGAGUCACAAUCGUGACUGAGAAAUACAGCCAGGGAAUAUGAAACUGAUUUGAAGAUUGGUUUCUUCUUUACACAUUAUUAUUAUUAUUAUUAUUAUUAUUAUAUUACAUUCAGCUGGACACAUCACUGGUUUCAUCUUCUUUCUUUUCUUUCCCACAAUCAGUGUUAUUCACCUUUAAUACUCACCUAUUUUGGUGUCACACAUAUUUUUAUCUUCUGAACUUCAGAUGAAGAGAGGUAUAACAAUUUAAUAAAUAAUUCCCAGUUGGAGCAGAGCUAGAAUGUCCAGAAUCCCUUGGCCACCCACGGCAAAGGAGGAAGAACAGUGAGAGAGGCCUGGACAGGAAAUCUCCACUAAGAUAAGCCAGUGUCAGGAGGCGGGUGCGAGACAUGGCAGCAUAUAAUUAUUAUAAAUCAUAAUUGGGGUGGGUGUCUCAGUCUGGCCUUCCCAGCAGUCAGGCUCCAGCUGCUUUCCUUCUGCAUCUCCAGCUCUCUCCAUUCAAUAAUGCAAGGCUGAGAGAUGGAGGUCCAACCCCAAGAACAUUCUCCAACUAAGUGCUCCUUCAACCGACCACAAGCACCAAGCCUUGUCACUAGACUUAUAUAUGGGUCUCCCAAAAUGGGCAGUAUGGACGUCCUGAGGCCAAAGGGACUGUGCAGGUGAUGAAUAAAGAUCUAGAGGUCGAAGGGGACAAAAUGUGGCCCAAGGGGUGGAGGAUUAUAGUGUAGAGGAUGAAGAACUUAAUGAUGAACUUAGGACCCUGAUGAAUAGGGGCCAGGUUCAUGGAACAUAGAACAGCUCCCCUUUCUGUUAGAAACCACUUUUUAUAAAACGUAAACCCCACUGUUCAACCGUAUACUAAGAUAAUGCUGCUUCCUUAACAAUAAUUAAGGGUUAUAAAAGGCUGAUGAUGCAUGACCAUUAUUUUACAUUCUUUCAUUUGCCUUUCCUAAAAAUUUGGAACAUAUGGAGGACAGGAGAGAUUGUACAAGACGUUAAAAUAAGAGCAGGUGCUAAUUGAUGUGUGUAAUAUUCCUUUGUUCUCUUCCUAGAAAACAAAUAGGAUUUUCUCCCUACCCCACCCCAUUGAAAGAAGACAAUGGAGAAGGCAAUCAGAAUUUUGGUGGGCCAUGUGAAAUAGGAAUAACGAAGAAACCAUUUAAAUACAUGGAGUGUGAAAACAGAGAACAUAAACAAUUUGAAAGUAUGGAGUGUGGAAGGAGCUUCACUGACAGUGGAAACCUUAGAAAACACCAACGGAGUCACACAGGGGAGAAACCAUUUAAUUGCAUGGAGUGUGGAAAGAGCUUCACUGAGAGUGGAACACUUAGAAUUCAUCAACGGACUCAUACAGGGGAGAAACCAUUUAAAUGCAUGGAGUGUGGAAAGAGCUUCAGUCAGAGUGGACACUUUAGAAUUCAUCAACGGACUCACACAGGGGAGAAACCAUUUAAAUGUAUGGAGUGUGGAAAGAGCUUCAGUCAGAGUGGAGAUCUUAGAAUUCAUCUACGGAGUCACACGGGGGAGAAACCAUUUAAAUGCAUGGAGUGUGGAAAGAGCUUCACUACUAGCGGAAGCCUUAGACUUCAUCAACGGAGUCACACAGGAGAGAAACCAUUUAAAUGCAUGGAGUGUGGAAAGAGCUUCACUGAGAGUGGAUGCCUGAAUGCUCAUCAUCAAACACACACAGGGGAGAAACCAUUUCAAUGCAUGGAAUGUGGAAAGAGCUUCACUGAGAGUGGAAAACUUAGAAUUCAUCAACGGACGCACACAGGAGAGAAACCAUUUAAAUGUAUGGAGUGUGGAAAGAGCUUCAGUCAGAGUGGAAGCCUGAAUGCACAUCAUCAAACUCACACUGGGGAGAAAUCAUUUAAAUGCAUGGAAUGUGGAAAGAGCUUCACUACUAGCGGAAGCCUUAGAAUUCAUCAACGGAGUCACACAGGAGAGAAACCAUUUAAAUGCAUGGAGUGUGGAAAGAGCUUCAGUCAGAGGGGAUGCCUGAAUGCACAUCAUCAAACUCACACUGGGGAGAAAUCAUUUAAAUGCAUGGAAUGUGGAAAGAGCUUCACUACUAGCGGAAGCCUUAGAAUUCAUCAACGGAGUCACACUGGGGAGAAACCAUUUAAAUGCAUGGAGUGUGGAAAGAGCUUCAGUCAGAGUGGACACUUUAGAAUUCAUCAACGGAGUCACACAGGGGAGAAACCAUUUAAAUGCAUGGAGUGUGGAAAGAGCUUCAGUCAGAGUGGAAAACUUAGAAUUCAUCAACGGAGGCACACAGGAGAGAAACCAUUUAAAUGCAUGGAGUGUGGAAAGAGCUUCACUGAGAGUGGAUGCCUGAAUGCACAUCAUCAAAAACACACAGGGGAGAAACCAUUUCAAUGCAUGGAAUGUGGAAAGAGCUUCACUGAGAGUGGACACCUUAGAAUUCAUCAACGGAGUCACACAGGAGAGAAACCAUUUAAAUGCAUGGAGUGUGGAAGGAGCUUCAGUCAGAGUGGACCCCUUAGAAGACACCAACAAACUCACUCGGGGAGAAGCAAAUAA